AACCCUACUUCCCUUUAUCUCUUUUCCAUCAUCUUUCUUUCUUUCUCUCAUUUCUGAGCAAGUCUCUCCCAUUGAUGUGAUUCUCCACCAUCAACGAACUUUUGCACAAAAGAGAAAGCUCUUCACAAGAAUUAUAACAAAUACUAUGGUUUUUCCUCCUCUCCCUUCUUAUUUGGAUCCUCCUAACUGGCAACCGUUGACGAAUCAUCAAACGGGAGGAAAUGACACUGCAGAGGAUUCUGGUCAAGUUUUACUGCCUCCGCCACCUGGGGGUGGGGGAGGUGGUGACGGUGGUGGUGGUACCGGGUCGAUUAGGCCAGUUUCGAUGACUGAUCGGGCUCGGUUGGCAAAGAUUCCGCAGCCAGAGGCCGGCUUGAAAUGCCCUAGAUGUGAAUCUACAAACACCAAAUUUUGUUACUUCAAUAACUAUAAUCUUUCUCAGCCUCGUCACUUUUGUAAGACUUGUCGUCGGUAUUGGACACGUGGUGGUGCACUGAGGAAUGUUCCGGUUGGUGGUGGCUGCCGUAGGAACAAGAGAACCAAAUCUCGGAAUCGGUCGAAGUCUCCAGCAGCCAGUGAACGACAAUUAUUAGGUGGAUCAACUAAUUCCACUGCUGCAGUUUCACUUUCAACACAACCCCAUUUGCCGUUUUUGUCUUCUUUACAUAAUUUCUCUACUUACGGCCUCAAUUUGGGGAUAAUUCCGCCUCAAGCUCCUCCAACAAGCGGUGGCUCUGCUGCCGGAGGAGUAGAUGUUCAUGAAUUUCAAGGUGACCAUUGGAGAUUACAACCACCACAACAAUUCCCUCUCUUGGCUAAUGAUCAACAACCUAAUUUGCUUUACACUUUCGAACCACCCGAAGGCGCCAUGGCUCGGUAUAAUCUUGGUGGGUUCUCGAGAUUAGGGAUUGAAAACGACAUUGGGAUGACAAUGGAGUCUGGGGCGGUGAAGGUGGAGGAGAGUAAAGGAAUGAACUUGGGGAAGAAUUUUCAGUUUUGGGUUGGUGGCGGUGGCGGAAACGAUGUAAAUGCAUGGAGUGGCGGCGGCAGUGGUGGUGCCGAUCUUCAUGGCUUCUCUUCAGCCUCCGCCAGCCACUUAUUGAGACAGUAAUUUUUCUCAAUCCUUUUGAACUUCUCUUUUUGUUACUAAAACGUUCACUAGGAAAAAGAAAAAAAAAGUAUGAAUUGAAACCAAUCAUAUCAUUUUAAAGGUUUUCAAUGCUGAACUGUGACUCAAAAGAGACCAAAGAAAGUGAUGAUGAAAAUGGAAAAAAAAAAAUUGAUGGACCAGCCUAGGGUUUCAAACUUUCUAAGGGUUUUUUUUUUUUUUUUUUUUUUUUAAUUUAGAAAUUUGGAUGGUGUUUUGGUUAAUUAAUUACUAUAGGGUUUCUCUUAUAUAUGUAUAUCAUUGGGAAGGUAGUCUUUUGUAAGUGUAGGGGGUGAAAAAUAUAUUUACAAAGAUGACCUAUAUGUAUAAACAAUAUAUAUAUUAUGUUUAAUUAAUGUUAUAACCAUGAGUAUUAUGGUUUUUGUACUUAAAUUGAUGGUUUACUUUUCUUA